UUAGUCACUCGUCUAAGCACGGGUCCGUUCGAAACAAGCGCUGUAUACACACACACCCACAUGCGGUGCUAUUGAAGUAAUGUCAGUUGGGAUUUGCAACGUAAUUUAUGAAUGUUUUUGAUUGUCAGUGUCGUGAAGUUCGUCAUUGGGUCAGAAGGGUUAACGCAGUCCCAAGGGUACUUGUGCUAGUGAGCGCCAAUACUAGCCACCGCAAAAACAGAAACAAUUCGACGGACGACAGCGCUGCUGUUUCUGGCGACGGCGCUUGUGUUCUGUACUAUUGCCCAUGCCGCGGAAGAGAAAGCAACGCGAGGGUUCAGUCAUCGGUUUAGUGCUGCCGUAGUUGGGAAAGGGGGGUAGAAGAGAUGGUGGGUCGCUCGCCCUGUUGUUGAGGCCUAACGUUAAAGCAGCUGAAGCAGUAACAUAAAGAAAAACUAAACAGCCAGAGGAUCGGCCGCCUUUAGCCUAAAAUUGUACUGGCUCCAUGGCCGCGACAGUCACAGAUGAGCGAGCCGAGUGCCGCGGGAGGAAAUAGAUGCUUACGACGACCACCACCACUGUAGUUGCGGUGUAUAUCGUGAACGCCGGCGGCCUAUCCUUCCUCCACUGGCCGACAGGCUGUUGUCUGUGUGUGUUGAGAUUGUCGUUCAUUGGCGUCAUUAACUGCGUGAAAAUGAGAAAGGAACGCACAUCAACCGAUGCGCAGGAGGAUCGAGGGAGGCACUGAGUGAGCACAGUAAUGGUGUUCGCGCUGGCAGUAAAUCUAGACAGCUGAGUGACGCUGAUAAGUUACGAGAUGGAACAAAACUGAGCAUCAACGACGCUAUUGGCAGCAGCAGUAGUUCUAAUAGUAAAAGACCGGCACAGUGCAACCGUAUUCCUAACUGAUUAAAAGUUGUCGAGGUGAAAUGGGGUUUGUACCAUGGACGAGCAAGAAAGCGUAUGACAGAACACCAGCGGUGACCUCAUGCUCGUUCGCUUGAAGUUUAUUUAUAUAAGCAUACAUAGAGAAACUUAUACGUAUACCGACGUUCUGCUGGAAGAACCGCUCGUUGUAGGUGGUGGUCUGUAGGAAACUUUAGAUACCCCACAUUUACGAGGAACUUGUUGAAAUUACAGUAUAGCCAACGUCAGUCGUAGCAGCUCCACGAACAACGUGCGUAUGACAGGUGCAUAAUGGUUACGAUCAGCAGCGGAAGCAGGGACCAACUUCGACAUUUUCUCUCGUUUCGUAUCGAAACAGAAAGCUUUGCUCAAUGUUGGCUGGCUUGUUUAGUGUCUAUGAAUUGAUUCCUGCAUGGAAACGAGGCGUUCGAGUCUCAUACCUAGCAUCACAAUGUUAUCAUGUAUGCUGCAUAAUCAAUAAUCAUGUUAGCACCUGUAGAAGUAAGUCGCAUAAAGUAUGUGGAAUUUAUCGCUGCUUGUGUGUCUUUCGUUCAGUUUGAGGUCAACAACUCGUUUAGCGUCAAUUAUUGAAUUUUUAGACGAUAUGCCUCUAGAUGUUACCUCAGUGUAUGCCUAUUCCUUCUGCUCUUCAUAGCACAGAAUUUGAUUUGAUCUAAAAUCGCGACACUAAGUGUACCCAGUAACUUAUGAUUUGACGAUUGUAACUGUAUAAAACAACAUUGAAAGAUUGGUGCCCCUGCAUUGAUGUCUGCGCUGUUCCCAAUCGUAAACCAAUAGCGCAAACGUGGAGAAAUCAACUACAGAGAGCCUGUCGUUGAUGGAGGUCAAUGAAAAAAAGCUUGAAAAAUGAACUAAUUGGCGUAUUGUGUCAUACCGAAGAAAACGGGUUGUUCACGAUGUGUAGCGGUGGUCAGCGCUUGUCGGAGCAGGAAGUUCGUUCAGAUCAGCGCUACGAUUCAGCGCCGACUGGUUGCAGCCCGCUUUUGCGAGUGAUUAUUUCGCUGUGUAUAGGUCUUCUCUUUUGUAUAUUGGGCGUGGUGUCAUAUACUACGUUUGCACCCAUACUUGAACAGCAAGUUAAAGCGAAUUUAGUAAUCGACCCCUCCAACGAGGUUUUUGAGAGUUGGCAAGAACCCCCCAUAACCAUAAAUGUUAAAAUGUACUUAUUCAACUAUACGAAUCCGGAGAAAAUACUGGCUGGGCUCAAGCCUACAGUAGAUGAACUGGGCCCGUUUGUUUACAGGGAACGUCGCCAGAAAGUCAAUAUUACAUUUAAUGGAAAUGGUACAGUAUCGUACCGUCAGAUUGUUUCGUAUGAUUUCUUACCACACCUCAGCGUGGGAAACCUCGAUGAUGAACUCUUUACUCUCAAUGUACCGAUGAUUGGCUCAGCAUAUAAAAAUAGAAAAGCUCUUCUUAACGAGGAGUCAAUGAUGGCGCACACUAUAGAGGAACUCUUCGAGAAACACAAUCAAACAUUUCUGAUCCAGAGGAAGGUUCGCGAGUUACUGUUUGAGGGUUACCAGGAUCCGUUACUUAGGGUGGCAAAGGAGAUGGGGUGGUCGUCAUCAACACGAUUCGGGUACCAGGUUAACCGUAACAAUAGCGAUGACGGAAUUUAUACAAUCUACACGGGGGAAGAAGGGAUGGAGAACUACGGCACGGUGGAUAGCUGGGACGGCAAGAAAAGGGUACUCGCUUUCCGGCGAUCGUGCAGCUUCAUCAAUGGAACUACCGGUGAGAUGUGGCCGCCAUAUACACUCACUAGACAGACACCCUUGGUGUUUUUCGUCUCGCCUAUUUGCCGCUCAUUGCGACUGGACUUUCUUUGUAAUGAGACCGUCAAGGGAAUUCGGGCUUUACGAUAUCAUCUUAGCCAACGGCUGUUUGACUAUAGCAUCAAGGAGAAUCAAUGCUUCUGUACCAAGAAGAAGGGCAAAGAUCCUGAAUGCUUUCCUAACGGUCUUCUUGAUCUCAACCGAUGCCAGCCAGACGCACCAAUAGUAGCAUCACUCCCGCAUCAUCUGUAUGCCGCCUCAUCUGUUUCUGAAGCCGUUGAUGGCCUAUCGCCCGAUCCCGAGCUGCAUGAGUUCUUCAUGGAUGUCGAGCCCACAAUGGGCAUUCCCCUUAGGGUAUCCGCUAGACUGCAACUUAACGUUAUCGUCGAUGCUUUUAAAUACUUCAAGCAAUUCCAAGUAUUUAAGAAAAGAGUAUUCUUGCCAACGUUUUGGACGGAAACGACGGCUAUGAUUAAUGACGAUAUAGCAUUUAAGAUACGUCUUGUCACUGAGGAUCUGGCCAAUUAUGUGACUUUUGCCGCACUUGCUUGGGUACUCAUAGGAUUGAUAGUCAUCAUAUGUACGUUCGGCUACGUCAUAGCGUACACAAGAAGAUCGAAGCAGGAGAAGCGGCCUUCGUCAAGCGGUUAUGCGGCUGUAAAGAUGAUUGCUACGACGCGUUUAGCUUGAAGCCUUCUUUUUUUUAAAACUGCUAAACGGUCGCUCCCCAGCUUGUCACUCACCGAAGGCUGCGGACAAAACGAAUUUACUACGCAAUUAUAUUAUUAGAACCUUCAAGUGGGAGACUCGUCGUGAACCUCGUUGCUCAACAAUAGUCUAGCAGAGCUUUGCCAUUAGGUGUACAUUGGAGAAUGAAUAUUGACUCUGUUCAGGUUGACACGAGGUUCGAUGUGUAAUCGUUUGUGUUGUCUCAUAUAUGGAACGAGGUCAAGCACAAUGAAGAACUGCAUUUCCAGGUUAUUCAUUAUAUUUUAAUGGCUUAUUUAUGCCUGAAUUGGAUGUUCACAAAUGCCUCGGUAUUCCAAUGACGUCAUGUAGAAGCUACAGAUUCUGCAGAAUUCUUUCUGCAGGACACUAGCGCAUCGUUAUCGUUUUACCGUUCACAUGGCUACCCAUUUACCUUAACGACGAACAAAAGUAUAGAUACGGCUGUUUUAUAGCACGAUUUUCCUCAAGCUCGCCAGAAUUCUGAAAGGAUUCCCUGAGAAAUUGUAGAACCAGUUAACAUGGGUUUGAGUUUUUAGAUUCGCAAGUUUGCGAUCAGAUAAACGCAGUGACGAAAAUGCGGAAACUUUUUUCGUUAGUAAGAUAUAAAGAAGCUGCAGUAUAUACAUGGU